AUGAACUUUCAACGCUCUCAGAAUGUCGGCUACGGGUUCCUGAACCUGACGAGCGAGGAGCAGACGAGCCGUUUCUUCAACGUCUUCGAUGGCUUCCACGAUUGGGCGGUGGAUUCCGACCACCUCUCCUCCGUCUGCUGGAGCAACACGCAGGGCUUGAGAGCCAACCUCGAGCGCUACCGCAACAGCCCCAUUAUGCGGGAGGAGGUGCCCGACACGUUCAAGCCUUGUCUGCUCUCUGGCGGGCACGAGCUCGCGCUGCCGGGCCCCACGAGGGAGUUCCUACGCAGGCUCCGCUGCCGCAGAGCCCACGGCAUCAGGGUCGAGUUCCCGCCGCACUGA